CAACCAUGUUUUUCUCGAUUGUUGUCAUUUUUGUGGUACAGAUAACUGGAGCGUUAACUAAAGAAGCACCAGUGAUUCAAUCUUUUAGCUUUCCGGAAUUUUCUACAAUUGACCAAACUGUGGUAGUAGCCUGCGCUGUAACUGACGGGACAAAACCACUGAAUUUUAACUGGUUAAAAGAUGGCAAGGAUGUUGAUAAUGUUCCAAACACAUCUGUUCAUACUCAAGAUCGCUUUUCUGUGCUUACUGUAGGCCCUGCGAGUCGAGAAAAUGUAGGCAACUAUACUUGUUUAGUGAGAAAUGUAUUUGGGAAAGACUCUUUCACUGCAGCUUUUGUACUAAAUGAGCCUCCAACUUGGAUUAAGGAACCUCAAGAUGCUCGAGUAACAGAGAAUGAUUUUCUGGAACUUGUGUGCAUGGCAUCUGGUCAUCCUUUACCAAAAAUUUCUUGGAAGAAAAUAACAGGCGACUCAGAAACUUCGCGCAUAGAUAUUGUGAAUACUUCAAACAUGCAAGUGCACAUGAAUGGCUCUUUAAUUAUUUACAAUGUGAGAGAUGAUUUUAAAGAAUCGUACCAAUGCAUAGCCUCUAAUGAUGUCGGACAAAUAUUGGAGAAGCGAGUUCGGGUAUUCGUAUCUGGUAAGAAUCACCACGGAGCAAGCACUAUGCUACUGAAUUUGUUAUUGUGGAUACUGACUACUAUUGUGUCAACUGGAGGAUCCUUUCUUAGUCUAACUGGUCAAGAUUUUGGUGUAAUCCCAUUCUCUUUUCCAACGCAUGUGAAAGAAGGCGAGAAAGUGUUUGUAACAUGUACUCCCAAAGGAGAAGUUAAAUCUGUGCAAUUUAAAUGGCUACGAAACAAGAAAGAUAUUAAACAAAACGACAGAGUUAAAAUUACAGAUAUUCGAGAAUUUUCAACUUUAAUAAUCAAUCCAGUUAUUAGUGAAGACAGUGGCAAUUACACUUGUACCAUCAUAGAAGAUCACAGGACAGCAAGUCAUUCUGCAGAAUUGAUGAUACAAGGUCCUCCUUCGUGGAUAACUCGCCCUUCAAGUUCUGAAACAGUAGUGGGUAAAAAUAUAACUCUUGAAUGUUCUGCUGCAGGAAGACCCACGCCAUCUGUAUCUUGGAAAAAAUUAUCAGGAAAUGAAUUACAGAGUGUUGAAAAUUUAAGCAACGGCGGAAAAUAUGUGAUCAGUAACGGUCUUCUUACUAUUAUCAAUGUACAAAAAGAAGAUCAAGGAAAGUAUACUUGUGUCGUUUCUAAUGACGUGGGAAUGUCCCUUGAAGAAAGUGCAGAUUUGUUGGUGCUUAGUAAGUCUGUGCUUUAA